CAGAUGACUACAAUUCGAUAAUAGAGGGAUGGAUUCUCUCCGGAAAAGACCGCGGAACAGACGGCAUCCUGUAGCCAUGCUGCGUCACUGUAUUUAUCUACUGCUGGGUUGCUAUGGAACCCAAUGUGCCAGCCAUCGACGACAAAUGGUAUCGUCGGUUUCUAGACAAACUUCAUCUCUGUUUAGCUGGCGUCCUGGAGCCUGAGAUGGUAUGCGGCAUCGUGAUUGGGGAGUUUACGAAUGCGAGACGGAGUAUUCGGGUAAGAAUCAACUGACAUACCAAAUUUGAG